UACUGCCAACGCUUUAAGUAGGCUUUGUCAACUUUCUUUCAAUAAUAAAAAAAAUGCAAAAUGACGAGAACGUGUUGAUUUCAAUAAUAUAAUUUAACGAAAACUCAUACUGUGUAAACAUGAAAAAUCUAAUUAAAAAGAGGCAUGCAUCGUUAUCUAUGAGGGAGAUAAUCGAAACAGAAAAUUCAUAUAAUCGGAAAAACUUUGAAUUCAACCUACAAAAAAAUCGCAUUGAUUCGAUCAUCGAUGAGCUGUUCAAAAACUUGAAACUAUUUUUUUCAGUAAACAAUGGCAUUCAAAGUUUAACAAACAGAAAUCUACAACAUGAGUUCAACAAGGAAAUUACAAAUUUGUUAAAUUCCGAGGUCGAGCAAGUUAUCAGUUAUUUGCUGAAUUUGAAAGAUACUCACCAUUUCGAGCACGAUGAGACCGAUGAGAAAUACCUCUCAAUAUUGGAAGCAGUUGAGAAUCUUCGGCAGUUGGUCCCAUCCAAUGAAGAAGUCUUACUACCUUUUUACCGUCAACGAUCUGAAAGCGAGAAACUUCAGUGGAUAACGGGAAUUUUGGUAAACAAAGCCAAAAUUCGUAGUCUUAGUGGGUUGAUUCGUUCCACACAGAAUGCGAUUGAUGAAACCAAGCUUGAGCUUUUUGUGCUGAAUGAGAGAAGUCCCCGCGAAAUCCAAGAUAUUGUAGAAGAGUCAGAGCUAGCAUUGAUCGAGCUUAAGGUGGCAGGAGAUCGUGAAUUCACUCAGUUGCAAGAAGAAACCGCCAAGACUGUUCUUGGUUUGGAUCAGCACAAAGAAUAUCAAGACUUGAUUGACAGUCACAGUCAAAAGCGAAGAAAAAUAACAAAACUUAUUGCUCAGUUGCAAUUGUGGAUAAAAAAAUAUGGCAAAUUUGUCGGUGAACCCAUGAAGGAGUUACUCACAUUGGAGACUGAGCUAGAAGCGUUUCCUGGAUGGUUGGAUACCGUUUUUAAUCCACAGGAAGAACGAUACAAUCAACUAAAUUUCAACGUAGAUAUUUUAAAGGCCGAGCUGAUUGAAGAGCUGGUUGAACAGUUCAGAAUAGAACAUGCAGCUAGGAUUAUACAGAGAGGAUGGCGAAGAGUGCUGGCGGCGAAAAAACGCGCUAAGAAGAAACGCAAAAAGGGAAAGGGUUCAAAAAAAGGGAAAAAGAAAAAUAAAUGAUACGAUUUUCCGCUUUCUUCAAAUUGAGAAUUUACAAAAAUGUAUUUGUUUGACAAAUUGUUUAGAAAAUAAUAGAAAUAGUUAACAUUUGUUAAAUUCUUGACCAAACA